CGUUUCUACCUGUUUUACUUCCGUGUACGCUUUGCGUAACCAAACGCGCCCAUGCAGUUAUUUUUGCCCGAAUGAUCACUGACAAUACUGAAAGCCUCGACCUAGUACAUCUCGUCACGACCGCAAUGGAGUAAAACAUCAAUCGUGAAGUCUUCGUGUCCCGAUGAUCUUGUCGAAAUGCACGUCGAAGCUUCUCCAUCUAGCUUUAGCCUAGCUUAGCUCGUGGCCGCUAACAAAGAGACGCCUUUGUUAGCAACACAUCACCGAGCAGAGGUCGAGUGUUGCUUGUAAAUAUAAAAUGUGUGCAAAAAGUGUGAAAGGAGAGUACGUGGAAGAACUUUUUGGAACAAAAGAGCGACGUCAACGAGUGGACGAUGCCUGCAAGAAGCCCCAAGAUGACAGAGCAGAUCUCAGCGAGGAAUAUGUUCAGGAUGAGCAGCGGCACCAACCCAAAUCCCUCCAAAUCAAAGAGGAAGAGCAGGAGGCGGACAUCCCAGAAUUUCCACUUGCCGGCGUCAUUGUGAAGAGCGAAGAUGAUGACGAUCGAGAUGAGUGGUCAACGCUUCAUCCCGGUCAAAAUGUCAGCCAAGAUUUUCCUCCCCUACACAAGGUGAUCAAAGAGGAAGAGCAGGAGACGGACAUGGCAGAGUUUCCGUUGACGAGUGUCAUCGUGAAGAUUGAAGGCGACGACAAAGAAGAAAGUGACGGAGACGGCUGUGAAGGAUCACAAAAACACGGGCUCUUAGCUCCGCUGUCGGACUCUCCUGACACCGAUGAUGAACGCUCUCCAGGUGAUACGGACGCGUACUGGAAAUGCUCGCAGUGUGGGAAAACAUCCAGUUCAAAGUGGGGCUUGAAAAUACACAUGCGAACACACACGGGAGAAAAACCUUUUGCCUGCUCAAUUUGUGGCAAAAGAUUCACCCAGAAGGGCCAUUUGAGAGCACACACAAGAACGCACACUGGGGAGAAACCAUUUCCCUGCACGAUCUGUGGUCUUGUAUUAAGUCAAAAGAUUAAUUUGACCAAUCACAUGAGAAUACAUACUGGGGAGAAGCCAUUCGCCUGCUCCAUUUGUGGUAAAAGAUUCUCUGUAAAAGGACAUUUACGAAUUCACACAAGAACGCACACCGGAGAGAAACCUUUCUCCUGCUCAGUUUGCGGCCAGACAUUCUCUCUGAAGGGCCAUUUAAGAACACACACAAGGACACACACCGGAGAGAAGCCUUAUCCUUGCUCGGUGUGCGGUAAAAGGUUCUCUAUAAAGGGACAUUUGGUCGCACACAACAGAACGCAUACGGGGGAGAGACCUUUUUCCUGCUCAGUGUGCGGUCUUCGUUUGACCCAAAAGAUUAGUUUGACUAAUCACAUGACAAUACAUACGGGAGAGAAACCUUAUGAGUGCUCAUUUUGCGGUAAAAAAUUCUCAAUAAAGGGACAGUUAAUAACACACACGAGAAUACACACUGGUGAGAAACCCUUUGUCUGCUCAGUCUGCGCCGUAAGUUUCAGCGAUCGUUCAGGAUUAGUAAAACACAUGAGAACGCACACUGGAGAGAAACAGUAUUCAUGCUCAUUCUGCGGUAAAAGUUUCUCUCAAAGAUGCACCUUGACAAUACACACGAGAACACACACUGGUGAAAAACCGUUUAGUUGCGAUGCGUGUGACAAAAGAUUUUCCCGUAAGGAUCAGGUUAAGAAACACAAGUGUGCUGGCGUGAAGAGCAGCGGGCAAUGAAUCCUAAAUCAAUUUGGACUCUUUGUGGUAAACUGUCAAAAGUGUCAACACUCGUCUGCAAACAACGAUACUCUUCAAUAGCGACUGUCGAAGCCAAAAUGCAGUCAAGCUAUUUGCUCAAGUAAUGAUACCUACAAAAAGCAUUGAUUGUGUAAGAUGUGUGAACAUAUUACAGAAUAUUAUUCAACGCUAUACUUCUUCUUCUUCUUCAUACAGUAUUUAACUGCAUUACACGUCAUGAUGUCACAUGCACGCCAGACACGGAGGACCAACAGGUCAGAGAUGUGCGAUAUGACGAUAGAAAUCAUUGUGCAAUAGCAGCCUCCAUCAUUUGUAGUGUUUGUUUGAUGUGUGGAGUUUUGUGUUAGCGCUGUUGCUAAACUACGGUUGCGUCCCAGACGGUGACACAACGCUAUUUGCCUUUCCCAUACGUCGUCAUUGUGCUUCGCUCCAAAAACGCAAUCAACUGUUCCGUGAGUGUAAGAGUUGAAGUCAAAUGUGUAUUUAUUGUGGAUCUGUGAAGAAUGGACUGCGUUUUGUAAAUAAAUGAAGAGCAGAGAAAAAUGGUAAACCGCGGGAAUAAAAGAAUAAAGACAAAUGAGAAGAUGGUGAUUCAGUGGGAAAAGGGGUGGCGUGCCCUCUCCGGGUCUUGGAUGAGAUCCCUCCCCAAGUGGAGGAGUUCAAGUAUCUCGGGGUCUUGUUUACGAGUGAGGGAAGAACGGAAGCAGAGAUCGACGGGUGGACCGGAGCAGCGUCUGCACUGAUGCGGACUUUGUAUCGGUCCGUUGUGCUAAAGGGGGAGCAAAGUCCAAAGGCCAGUUGAUCUACAUACAAAAUACGUGUCAUAUCGUAACAGUGUCUUGGAAAAACAAAAUCCCAUGAAGUCGUGUGCCGUAUUAUGUCGCGUCCCAAAAGCAUUUAAGCGAGAUCAGAAAUAUAAUAAUAUAAUAUAUACAAUGAAAUAUUGUUGGAACGUACUCUACGGAGGCGCCGGUACAUUCGUUACUGAUUUGAAAAGAAUUAUUUCGUGAUUUGAGACUGGUUGUGUACUAGCGUAAACUGCACAACAAGUAGAUGUUUUUGUUUUGUUUUAUUCAAUCUUUACUGAAAAUACAUAUUUUACAAGAAAAGAAAGAGGAAAAACAGACGUAGUCGUCAUUAAUAUAAAAUAGAAUCCAGUUGUAAUUUAAGACAAACCAUCGAAUCGCAUUAUAUACGAUUUUUAAAUUAAAAAAAUAUAAAUUACUUCGUACUAGCUGUUCCUCUGAAAGCCACUGGAUGGCAAUAGAGAUUAGUGAAAGAGUUUGCAAAUUUCAAUUAUUACUUGGCGAUUUAUAUAAGCCUUGUGUCUCAAUGUAUUUCUUUAUUUCUAUAUUUAUUUUAUGAUAAUACAUGUUUUGAGUUUUCAUAUCGUAACGUUGUGCAUUACCCCCUGUGUAUUUUCAAAAAAGUUUAAAUGUUAAAAAAAAGGUUCGUGGGAGCAGAAGCGAAAGAAGAAGAAGAAGAAGGAGGAGGGCGAGAAGAAGAAGAAGAAGAAGGACGAGAAGAAGAAAGAAGAAGAAGAAGGAGGACGAGAAGAAGAAGAAGAGAAAAAAAAAGGACGAGAAGAAGAAGAA